UGCACAAGUGGCAUUUCUUUCACACUGCAGCGCUGUUGUUAAGGAAUUGCACAACAGAGGCUUAUCUGUGUCUCUGUGGAGUCCAACCAAGUGCAAGAAAUGCAUCGUCCGAUAUCCUUUGUGAACAAUCGCAGUGAGAGGUGAAAGCUUGCAGUAAGGAUUUUGAUGGUUCGCCGUGUGGCGGUGGUCGGAGCGGGCAGCUCAGGUCUGGCCUGUAUCAAAGUCUGCUUGGAUGAGGGCUUAGAUCCUGUCUGCUUUGAAAGCAGCGAUGACAUCGGCGGCCUGUGGAAAUUUAAGGAGUCGCCUGAACCAGCGCGAUCCAGCAUCUACCGCUCGUUGGUGGCAAAUACCUCCAAAGAGAUGAUGUGUUUCAGUGAUUACCCCAUGCCUGAUGACUAUCCCAACUUUAUGCACAACUCCCAGCUGCUGGAGUACUUAAGGCUCUACGCCGAGCACUUCGACCUGCUGCGGCACAUCCGUUUCCAGACCACUGUGAGGGCCGUUAAAGAGAGGCCAGACUUCUCAGUGUCUGGCCAGUGGGAUGUAGUGGCUGUAAACAAAAACAACGAGGAAGAAAAGCACAUCUUUGAUGCAGUUCUGGUGUGCUCAGGACACUAUACCCAGCCAACCGUGCCCCUGUCUGACUUUCAAGGGCAUGAAACAUUCUCUGGCAGGCUUCUUCACAGCUGGGAAUAUAAAGAUGCAGAUUCCUUCAGGGGGAAAAGGGUGGUGAUCGUUGGCAUUGGCAACUCUGGAGGAGAUGUUGCUGUAGAGAUGAGCAGAUCUGCAGAAAAGACAUUUCUCAGUAUACGGGAAGGGGUCUGGGUGAUUAGCAGAAUGGCCCAUAACGGCCUUCCUCUGGAUAUGGCACUUAUCUCCAGGUUCAACAGCCUCCUACUGCGCCUGCUCCCCAAGACAUUAAUCAACUGGGCAGCAGAGAGAGCACUGAACCAGAAAUAUGACCAUAGACUGUACGGUCUGAAGCCCAGAUACAGACUUUUGGACAGAAAGCCUCUGAUCAAUGAUGAUCUUCCCGGCCGAAUUCUUCAGGGAGCUCUUGUCAUGAAGCCCAACAUCCGAGGGUUCAAGGAUUCAGGGGUUGCGUUUGAGGACGGUACGGUUGAAGAGAACAUCGAUGCCGUGAUCUUUUGCACAGGUUAUAAAGGCGCCUUCCCGUUCUUGCCCUCGGCUCUGUCGGAAGGGCCACACGGCGAGCUGACCUUGUACAAACGAGUGUUUCCUCCGUCUCUGCAACGUCCGACACUGGCCGUCAUGGGUCUUUUCCAAGCAAAGGGACCAAUUUUGCCGAUCGUGGAGAUGCAUGUCCGGUGGGCCGUGAAGGUGUUUUCAGGUUUGACCCGCCUUCCAUCGAAGCAGAAAAUGCUGGAAGUCAUCGAGACAGAUAAGAGAUUAAACAUGCACAGCUAUCCUAACCCACGACAAGCUGUUCUCCAGGUGGAUUACAUCCAAUACUUAGAUUUCAUGGCCAAGGAGAUCGGUGUUAAACCAAAUCUUCUGAGGCUGCUCCCAACAGACCCAGUCCUCUGGGCUAAGAUCUUCCUUGGACCCUGCACUCCUUACCAGUAUCGCCUCCGAGGGCCUGGGCAGUGGUCUGGAGCCAGACAAGCCAUCCUCACACAGUGGGAGCGGGUUGCUAAGCCUUUCAAAACCAGAGUGGUACCAGAGCCAGAGGCCUGCAGACCUGCCCUUUGUUUUCCCUGGUUAAUGGGUUGUGCAGGAACUGUGGUAGUGGCUGUACUUUUGUCAAAUAAGAUUUUCCCACUGGUCCAACGUGUUAUUCAGAUGUUGGGUGGCAGCAAUCGUUUUCUGCAGGACUUGUGGUUCACUGACUGACCUGAAACACUUGAUUAGAUUUGAUAAUCACUCAGUAGAGAAGAAACAGCAUAGAGUCGGUUACAUUAAACAGAGACUACACAGUGAAUCAGAGAUCCUUUUGUCUUGGGUUGUCUUAUUUUGUGUUUCUUUACUGAGCAUGUACAAAAGAUACCUGGUCACGCCACUGGUCUGAGUGUACGUCAAAACCAAUAUACAUUUUUUGUUCCUUGACCCUC